AUGGAUUUUCUGCAGGAGCUCCCUCAACAAAUAUUUCGAGACAUCUUAUUAAGAGUGCCAUACAAAUCGCAAGCAAAGAUUAAGGAGUUGCUGGAACCUGCUAAAGAAAUGAUUGAAUGCUCCCAGUUUUAUCAAGAUAGAAUUAAGUUUGGGCUGACUAAGAAAUAUAUAUGCUUGCUCGAUCAUGUUGCGAUAUCUAUAUACGAUCCAGUUGAUCAAUUAAGUAUCAUGCGCACUAGCAUUCCCGAUGAUUUUCAAGUUAUUCUAGUCCCACGUGAUUCUCAGAUUUUCUGUUUCAAGCAUAAGCUUGUUUUGUGGGGCGUAUCUAAGUGGUGCAAUAUUUCAGUAAUUUUGAUAUACGAUUUAUUAUCUAAUACAUGGAAGGAAGGUGCUCAAAUUCCAAUUGCAAUAUUAGGGAAUGGAUGUUGUGCCUCACCUGAAGGAUCGAUCUACAUUGCCGGAGGGUAUUCUACUUCUUUUCCUUGUCGUAUCUCACGUAAAGCAGCAGUAUAUAAAGUAGAUGAAGACGAGUGGGAGCUUCAUUCUGACAUGCACCAAGAAGUUCGCAGCUGCUUUUAUUGA